AUGAAGCAGAUGCAUGUGGCACUGAUGAAGAGGUUGGGGGCUGAAGUUGGGGGAGACGAAGAGGCUGAAGUUGGGGGAGACGAAGAGGCUGAAGUUCGUCCCGAUUGUGGCUUCGAAGAAGAAGGUGAUGGAAAUGAAGUUGAUGACCCCCUAGGUGCACAUACUGAAGUAAGAGGGGAUGAUGAAACUGUUGGUAACAUUAAUUUUAUUGAAAUAGAUGAUGAUGCUGAUGAAGAAGAACGGGAGGUCGUGCCAUUGGCUAUACCCCCAUUGCGCAGUUUUGUUGGUGAUCCAAGCACUAGUGUUGAUGUAAACCAAUUGUAUACAGCAGUCAGCAUCAGAGAGAUGAACGUACACAGGGUUGUAAGCGAGAUAAUUGGCCAAAGCUUGAGCACGACUUCAAUUUACACUUUGGCCCCAAUGAAAUACGUUGAUAACAUGGUGGUGUUAUUUGCUUGUACGGUCUUUAUGUACUUUGAGAAAAGGUUGUGCGGUGUUGUUAAGAGGAUUCAUUUUAGUCCGUUAUACUCGUUGUUUCUGCCAUUUGUCCACGAUGAUCAUUGGUGGUGUUAUUCAGUGAAAUUGAGGUCAAUGGAGAUUUUUGUGAUUGAUUCAUUGGGGAAGGGGAUCAGAGACCGCAAAAGGAUAGACACAGCCGUUGCUGAAAAUAUGGCACGGUUUUUUUGCAUCCUGAUAAAUAUACCGGAAGGUAGUAUUGGUCCUUUGACAGUUAAACAAGCAAAUAUCCCAUCCCAACCAAACUUACAUGAUUGUGGAGUAAUAAUGUUGAAAGCAAUGGAAAUCUGGGAUGGAGAUGAAAAAUACAACGGGAAAAGCAUGCCUGAAUAUACAACUGAGGAGCUGCUUGGGAUUAGAAAGAAAUAUGUGUGUGACUGGAUCCUGGACAACGAGAACAUUAGAAGAAUGGAAGCCCUACAGCUAUACGACAUUGUCUAG